UUUUUGCUGUCACCGCAACGUGUGAGAACAGCGGAAAUAUUUAAGCAUUUUGCACGAAAAAAAGGAGCUUAGAACCAGUGAAAAUACUGUGAAAAGUGAAAAUACAUGCUAAUUAAGUGAAUUGACAUUUGUGCAAGAUGGCAAGAUACAUACAACGUCCGGAAAACGCUUUGAAAAGAGCGAACGAGUUUAUCGAUGUUGGAAAGCCAGCGCGUGCUCUUGAUACACUUCAAGAAGUGUUUCGCAAUAAAAAAUGGACUUAUACCUGGUCAGAGUCGGUGAUUGAACCCAUCAUGUUCAAAUACUUGGAUUUGUGUGUGGAGUUAAAAAAAUCCCAUAUUGCCAAGGAAGGCUUAUUCCAAUACAGGAACAUGUUCCAACUGGUUAAUGUUGGCUCUUUGGAAAACGUCAUCAGAGGAUACCUGAAGAUGGCCGAGAAACGAACGGAGGAAGCUCAAAAGAAAUCAUCCGAUGCCGUCCUCGACAUCGAUGACUUGGACAACUUGACAACGCCUGAGAGUAUUCUUAUGUCCGCAGUGAGUGGCGAGGACGCUCAAGAUCGGUCUGAUCGUACUAUUCUUCUGCCGUGGGUCAAGUUCUUGUGGGAAUCCUAUUGCCAGUGCUUGGAAUUAUUGCGUAUCAACUCGCAUUGUGAGAAUUUGUAUCACGAUAUUGCUCGCAUGGCAUUCCAAUUUUGUCUCAAGUACAACUGCAAAAUGGAAUUUAGGAAAUUAUGCGAAAAGUUACGCAAGCACUUGGAAGACAUCUGCAAGCCGAGCACGCAAACGGCAAAUGUGAACAUCCAGCGACCGGAAACGCAACAACUUAAUUUGGAUACGCGUCUAUAUCAACUAGAUAGUGCCAUUCAUAUGGAGUUGUGGCAAGAAGCUUACAAAGCCAUUGAAGACAUCCACGGAUUAAUGGGAUUGUCUAAGAAGGCUCCCUUGCCAAAAACCAUGGCUAAUUAUUAUCAGAAACUUGCCAUGGUAUUUUGGAAGGCCGGCAACAAGCUCUUCCAUUCCGCUGCUUUGCUGAAAUUCUUCCAAUUGUCGCGUGAGAUGAAGAAAAAUAUUACGACUGAAGAAUUACAACGUCUCGCAUCGCACGUCUUGAUUGCUACAGUCGCUAUUCCUUUACCCUCUGCCCAUCCGGAGUUUGAUAGAUUCAUUGAAACUGACAAGAGUCCAUAUGAGAAGGCACAAAAACUUGCUACGCUUUUGGGACUCAAUCAACCUCCGACAAGAGUGUCACUUUUAAAAGAUGUUGCUCGCCUCAAUGUGGUUCAACUUGCUGAUCCGGCAUUCCGCGAUCUCUUCAAGUGGUUGGAAGUUGAAUUUGAUCCUCUCAAGUUGUGCAGUCGUGUGCAAACAAGCAUCGAUGUCAUGAAUGCCAAGGAGAACGAGCAUUUGGCUCAAUACGUUCCAGCAAUCCAGCAUGUUACGUUAGUUCGGCUUGUGCGUCAAAUUUCGCAAGUGUACCAGUCAAUUGACUUUACUCGAAUUCUCGAGUUGUCCAAAUUCGCAACUACUUUCCAACUGGAACGCAUCUUGGUUGACUGCGUUCGGCAUAACGACAUGCAAAUAACUAUUGAUCACAAGAAUAAGUGCAUUCACUUUGGCACAGACUUGACCGAAAGUCAGCGUGAAGAUCGCCCAGAUGGUCCAACGCUUCAAAGUAUGCCUUCGGAGCAGAUUCGAUCGCAAUUAGUCAAUAUGUCUGUUGUCCUGCAUCGUGCAUUGCAUACCAUCAAUCCGAAUCACAAGAAGGCCGAACGUGAUGCGAUGCGCCACCAACUCGUUAAAUACUACCAUGAGCACAAGGACAAGGCACACGAAAAGAUUUUGCAACGUCAAAAGGUCAUUGAGGACCGCAAGGAGUUUAUUGAACGACAAAAUACUGAACGGGAAGAAAUGGAGUUGAGACGCCAGGAGGAGCAACAACGCGCCAUCAAGCUAGCGGAGCAAAAACGCUUAGAAAUGGAAUUGGAGGAACGGCAACGUAAGAAGCAAGAGAACGAGAUUGCGUUGAUUAAAAAGAAGAACUACGAGGAACGCGUUCAGCAAAUUUCAAAAACUGAAAUUGGUAAAAAAAUUAUCGAAAAGUUGGAUCAGAAGGAAGAUCAAACCUUGGAUCCUGAUGCACUGGCUGCUAUCGAACAAGAUCAGUUAGCGAAGGAGCGCAAAGAGCUGCAAUCGAAACUCAAAUCGCAAGAAAAGAAGGUGGAUUACUUCGAACGGGCCAAGCGUUUGGAAGAAAUUCCUUUGAUCGAAAAGUAUUUGGCUGAAAAGCAAAUGCAAGAUAAAGAGUUCUGGGAGAAACAAGAAGCUGCGAGAAUUGAAGCAGCCAUUGCAGAACGUAAAAACGCAAUUUCAACGCGAGAACGUUUAACUAGAAUGUACGAAGACCGAGAUGCUUUCUUGGAGAAAUUGCGUACUGAACGUAAAUCUGUUCACUUGGAGAAAUUGAAGCAGUUUGAAUUGUUUUUGGAAGAAGAAAAGAAGAAACGUUUAUUAAUGCGUGUCGAUAUGCGACGCAAAGAGCGUCGAGCUGCCUAUUUACGCGAAAAAGAAGAAGAGAGACAACGUAUUGAAGACGAAAUUCGCAAAAAGAAGGAAGAAGAAGAGCGAAUCGAACGCGAGCGACGUGCUAAGGAACGUGAAAUUGAGUUGGAAAAGUUGCGUUUGCAAGCGGAAAAGCAACGCCUGAAGGAAGAAGAGGCCGAGCGUAAACUCGCUGAAGAGCGCUCACAACGCUUGGCUCAAUAUCCGGAAAGGGACUCAUCUCGGCGAGAUGAUAAGCGAGGGGGCGACGAUGCAUCAAACUGGCGCAAAGAAGAAUCGAAAUCACAAUCGAAUUGGCGUGAGAGACCAACUACUGCCACUAGUGCUGGUAUCUCUCAAGUCGAUGGCGGAGAACGUCAAGGAGCUGGAAAAUCUGAGCCAUGGCGUCCUAAAUUCCGGGACAUUGAUAAUGAGCAAGCUCCCGGUUCUCCCGAAAAAUGGCGUCGUAAGGACGAUCGUCCGAUUACGCGUCGACCAGCUGACGACAGAUUGCCCGAAGAUAGAGAGCGUCGCAUCCCGGAUGGAGAUCGUCCUAUUCGUCGAGAUGACCGAAGAGACAACCGACGGGACGAUAGACGCGGUGGCGACGAUAGACGCGGUGGCGAUGAUAGACGCGGUGGUGAUGAUAGGCGCGGUGGUGAUGAUAGACGGGGUGGAGACGAUAGACGCGGUGGUGGUGGAUUUGGACGCCGAAAUGAUCGUGGAGGAGCUGAUCGUGAAUCUACGGAUUGGCGAAGCCGUCCUGCUCAAGAAAAAUCAGAAGACACCAAUUGGCGCACAGUAAGAGAUGAUCGACGUGACCAAGGUCGGGACCGACAAGGAGAUGACAGACGUCCACCUCAACAAGAGAAGGCCCCACGCGAAGAAAAUGAAUGGAGAGAUGUCAAAAGACGCUAAAUUUUUUGGAUAAAUUAUAACAAUUGGGAGUCUGCUGUCUUUUAUUUUGCAUAACCCAUUCAGUAAACAAUAUAUUUACUAACCUAAUAAAAUUUAUUGGUCAAAAAAUAAAAUAUGCAUAUUCAA